AUGCCGCCCAUAGAGCCUCUCCUCGUUCUCUUGCGGGUGGCACAGGAGGUGUCGGCAGGUAUCCCCAUCCCAGGCCUUAGCGCCGCCCUCAAGAUAGCCCUAAAUAUCGCUGAGAAAGCCAAGGAGAUCAAAGACAUCCGCGAUGAAUGCCGAUCACUCGCUGAACGAGCCGCAUACUUCUCGUUAGGGGUCUACGACCAAAUGAAGCAAUGCGGCGGCAGCGACUCCGCACCGUCGAUAGCGGCAGGGAAGCGUAUCGAGCUACUGCUCUGGUACGCCGAUCUUCGUCCCUUUGCGCUGUGCUUCCUCGAGGAUGCCAUCAGACUGUUUGUGAUGCAAACCGGGGUUGAGACCGAGCAAAGGUUGAAUGCGCUUGCGAGUUACAAGACCCGCCUGCUGCAGCACGUCGAGGACUCCGCACGCGUGGGAGACAUACUCAUCGGAGAGACAAGAAGCAUCCGGACUGGUGUUUUAGAUCUUGCGCAGCGCAUCAACGGCGGCGCGACGUUUGACGGUAGAUUCUGGCUCUUUGCCCAAGAAAACCUUCACCUCGUAGAACCCGUUAGCGACAAAAAUCCUCUGGGGACGUUCCCGCGCCAAGCAGAUGAACACGACCUUGGCCGUGUGCCUACGAAGCUACAGAGGGGACGUGUCAUUCGCUACCGCGCCAUUGUGAAGGCGGCCGGCGAGCUUUCCGGCUCACAGGUAAUUGUUCAUAUGUACCCCGAUGGCGACAACGGCCGCUUCGUGGAGGCCGUCAAAUCGGCGAAGCAAACGUAUCAUCCGUAUAUCUUAGCGAUGCUCGGAUAUUCCCGUCCGGGAGACCCGGGCGAGGCUUCGUACAUCGUCACAGAAGACUAUCAUCCAUUCAUAAACUAUCUGAGCUCCUUUCAUGGAACGAAGAAGCUUCGCGUGUUCAUACAGAUGACAUCGGAGAUGUGUAUGGCCGUCGACCACCUGGAAAUGAUGGAAUUGCGCCAGCUGCUAUGUCCGGUCACUUAUUGGCCUCACGCCCGUGUACAAUACACGUUCAAGUUGAGUGAACUUGUGUUUGAUCACCGCUAUGGAGACCGCUUCAAAUGGGCCCGGGAUCCUCUCGUACUGGAAGAACUUCGUGGAGUGUCUGUUCCCGCUGUGCAGGCGGAAAGGGUGCGCUUGCGGAACGGUACUACCUCCCCCACUGUCCACUCAAAGCACAAUUUCUGA